AUGCCUCGCUCGCCCGACUCUAACCAUGACCAGGCCUCGACCAACUACAAGGAAGCCUUCUCCCUCUUCGACAAGCGCGGCACCGGCAAGGUCGCCCUCGAAUCCCUCGGCGACCUCCUCCGCGCCUGUGGUCAGAAUCCCACCCUCGCCGAGAUUUCCGAUCUGGAGAAGAACAUCGGCGGAGACUUCGAUUUCGAGUCGUUCCUGAAGGUCCUCAACCGUCCGGGCGGGUUCCGCGAACCGGGCGAACCCGAGGAAUAUUGUCGCGGAUUUCAGGUGUUUGACAAGGAUAUGACUGGGUUUAUUGGGGUGGGACAGCUUCGUUACAUUUUGACGAACCUGGGCGAGAAGAUGUCGGACGAGGAGGUCGAUGAGCUGCUCAAGGCGGUUGAUACCAGCUCCGGCGAGAUCAACUACACCGACCUCGUCCGCACCAUCCUGGCCAACUGA